AUGAGCCAACCUCCAUUUCCAAACGAGUACGCUAAAAGACUCGUAGGGGCUUCUGAUGGAAAAGCCUGUAUUGUAUGCUUCAAGCCGACUAGUGUCGUGCUACUAGCUGCCAACAAAGCCGACUUCUUCUAUGUCUGUGGCUCCCAUCUUAAGGAUGCUUCAUUUGCAUCGCCAGUGCAUCCUGAAAAGUACAACGAAUUGCUAGAAAAACGAAAGACCCAGGAGAAAAGUCUUGUUCAGGCUCGUGAAAAGGUCGAGCUCAACAAGCCGUAUGCGUGGGACAAGCUUGUAAGCUGGGGCAAGAAGGACUCGAAGAAGGAUGAUAAGGACAAGGAAGAGCCCUCCAAAGAGACCUAUGACUCGAUGGUGGAGAAGCUCGAACAGGCUAAGAAAGACCUUGCGGAGACAAACGACGCAAUUGCGGCUUUUGACUUCAAAACCUUCAAGUUAGACAAGGAUAUCGAAAGUUAG